AUGUCCCUCUCGUGUUCCCUCAAGAGCUGCUCAAGCAUCCAAUCCGCAGCGCCUUUGAAACCGGCAGCAAAGACGAGGCAGCAGCAGCACUCGCCAUGUUCUAGCAACCCUUCCUCCCAGCGCAUCACUUGCAAGCGAUAUCCAGGUGCUCUGCUGAGCUUGCCACUGAAGAGAGGGGCAUUCUUGGGUUGUACCGUGACUCUACAUAGCACUCAUGAUCAGCAAUCCAGCAUUAGAUCCCCUCAGCGCGGCGUCAAGGGUCAACACAGGAAGGUACCAGCUGCCAAGCUGACACUAGAAAAAGAGACACAGACGCAAGCAAAGCAUGGGGGUGAGAAAGAGGGGCUCGAGCUGCCCCCCGGAUCUCUGGGCCUGCCAAUCAUCGGCGAGACGCUUGAGCUCAUUAGAAGUCUGAAUCCUGAGAACCCCGAUGCGUUCUCGGGCCCGCGGCAAGCCAAGUAUGGGAGGAUCUUCAAGUCAAACGCGCUCGGGCGCAACUUUAUCACUGUAUCGGGGCCCGAGGCUGCAGCCCAAAUCUUGACAAACGAGAAACUGUAUGCCACUGAAUGGCCGCGGUCUUUCAAGCCCCUCAUCGGCGAGCAUGCGCUGUCCAUGACAAACGGGCCGAAGCACAAGUAUCUACGCGCACUGAUAGCCAACCCCCUGAGCUUGGAGAACCUGAAAACGUACGUGCCUCUCAUUGAGAGAGCGGUGCUGUCGCUCCUGGACUCUUGGCAGGAAGAUACGAUUCUGAAGGCGCAUCAAGAGAUGAGGCGGUUGACAUUCAACGUCAUCUCAGAGCUGAUCUUUGGCGCAAAGCCUGGACCCCAGACGGAGCGGCUGUCGGGUCACUUUGACGUGUGGGUGCAAGGCCUGGCUGUGCUAAUCCCCAUCGACCUCCCCUUCACAAAGUUCGGGAAAUCUAUGAAGGCACGCCGAGCCAUCUUAUCCGAGGUCGCCCAGAUUGUGGGCGAACGCCGCACAGCGCUGAGAAAUGGCGAACCCGUCCCUAACGACAUCCUAACCCGGUUGCUAACCGAAAAGGACGCGGAGGGGAGGCAGCUUACGGAGGUGGAGCUGUCGGACAACCUCCUUAACCUGCUUUUCGCAGGCCACGACACCAGCGCGAGCAGUUUGUCCAUCAUCAUCCACUCUCUAGGGAGCCGUCCCGACGUCCAGCAGAAGCUGCGGGACGAGCAUGCACGCAUCAGGAGCGGCAAGGCAGCCGGCGAGCCGCUGACGUGGCAGGACGUCCGCCAAUUGGCGUACACGGAUCAGGUCAUCAGCGAGGGCCUGCGGCUGCGGCCAAUUGUCGGGAACGCAUUCAAGGUGGCCACGGAAGACACGACAAUGUACGGCUACCGCGUACCCAAGGGCUGGUCCGUCAACCUAGACUACCGCGCCGUCAUGUGCCGCGACUCGUACUUUCCCGAAGCGGACCAGUUCCGGCCGGAGCGGUUCGACGAGAAGCUCAAGCCAUACACGUUCCUUCCGUUUGGAAGUGGUGAGCGGCAGUGCCCGGGGAGCGCGCUCGCUCGGAUGGAGAUGACGGUCUUUCUGUACCACUUCUUGCACCUCUGGGACUUCGAGCUCACAAAUCCAUCGGAGGAGACUGUCUUUGUCCCCAUGGUGCGGCCGAAGGAGGGCCUGCCGCUGAAACUCCGGCGACGAGUUAACUUUCAGUGACGUGGCAGCUCGACGCUCAUUUUCCGGCGUGAACGGAACUUAUAGGAGUAAAGCAAAGGAGGUCAUAUCUCAUGUACCGUAGUAGCGUUGCGUUACUGUAGAGCUGUGAAGUUACCAUAGUUCUCGUGGUUCACGGACUCAUCUCGAUAGAUGGCAGAGAAGGGAACAGGUGUCUUCAAGUUGCGAGCCCUGAUCAGACGUCGUCGACCUGUACAACAUUCUUUCUAGAACGCACGCAUACAUUGUUUGAUCUGGACAAAAUACUGGACAUAUUGUCCGCGCGCCACUUGUCAGUGAUCAAAAAGCUCUGUAAAGCCGCACAGAGAAAAUCAUGUAAGUACGCUUUAGGAAGUAGUAUAUACGAGUUUGCAAAACAG